UCACGACGGCAGAGGGCGCAGGCGGCUCGGUUAGCCCGGCCGCUCGGCUGUUUGGGCCGUUCUGCUCGGACCCAGGACCUGGCUCUGUCCCCGAGCGCCACCAGAGAGUGCCUCAGGUUGAAGAAUAGAAGCUCCAGAAAGCAAGAUGGGAGCUGCUCACCGGGGGCUGAGCUUGUCAGCAUCCUUGACGGGCCCUCGCCCCUGAAGUCAGAGAAGAGCCCUUGCCCACCCGCAGUCCCUUUCCCGUUCUGGGAUCGCCUCCAUCCCUUGAGUUCUCAGCCCUAGCGGCCGCCCAGUCCGACAAAGGAGCAGGGCAAUGAUACUCGCAUCGGUGCUGGGGAGUGGCCCCCGGGGCGGGCCUCCACUCCGGCCCCUCCUGGGGCCUGCACUCUCGCUCCGGGCCCGCUCAACAUCAGCUACUGAUACACACUACGUGGAGAUGGCACGGGAGCGCUCCAAGACCGUCACCUCCUUUUACAACCAGUCGGCUAUCGAUGUGGCAGCAGAGAAGCCCUCAGUUCGCCUCACUCCAACCAUGAUGCUCUAUUCCGGCCGCUCUCAGGAUGGUAGCCACCUCUUGAAAAGUGCCCGGUACCUGCAGCAAGAGCUACCAGUAAGGAUCGCUCACCGAAUCAAGGGCUUCCGCUGCCUUCCUUUCAUCAUUGGCUGCAACCCCACCGUACUGCAUGUGCACGAGCUGUACAUCCGUGCCUUCCAGAAGCUGACAGACUUCCCCCCGAUCAAAGACCAGGCAGAAGAGGCCCAAUACUGCCAGCUGGUGCGACAGCUGCUGGAUGACCAUAAGGAUGUGGUGACCCUCUUAGCUGAGGGCCUGCGUGAGAGCCGGAAGCACAUACAGGAUGAAAAGCUCGUCCGAUACUUCUUGGACAAGACGCUGACUUCCAGGCUUGGGAUCCGCAUGUUGGCCACUCAUCAUCUGGCAUUGCAUGAGGACAAGCCCGACUUUGUUGGCAUCAUCUGCACCCGUCUCUCACCAAAGAAGAUUAUUGAAAAGUGGGUGGACUUUGCCAGACGCCUGUGUGAGCACAAGUAUGGCAAUGCCCCCCGUGUCCGCAUCAACGGACAUGUGGCUGCUCGUUUCCCUUUCAUCCCUAUGCCGCUGGACUACAUCCUGCCUGAGCUGCUCAAGAAUGCCAUGAGAGCCACAAUGGAGAGUCACCUAGACACUCCUUACAACGUCCCAGAUGUGGUCAUCACUAUCGCCAACAAUGAUAUUGAUCUCAUCAUCAGGAUUUCAGAUCGAGGUGGAGGAAUUGCUCACAAAGACCUGGAUCGGGUCAUGGACUACCACUUCACUACAGCUGAAGCCAGCACCCAGGACCCCCGGAUCAGCCCCCUCUUUGGCCACCUGGACAUGCAUAGUGGUGGCCAGCCAGGACCUAUGCAUGGCUUUGGCUUCGGGUUGCCCACAUCACGGGCCUACGCGGAGUACCUCGGUGGUUCCCUGCAGCUGCAGUCCCUGCAGGGCAUUGGCACAGACGUCUACCUGCGGCUCCGCCACAUUGAUGGUCGGGAGGAAAGCUUCCGAAUCUGACCCCACAGCCCUUAGCCUGCUCGCCUGCCCAAUCUGGGCCACACUCCCUGCCGGGACCUCUGGUUCAGGCAGGGUACGCAGUCUGCUCCAUACACUGCUGCACCUUGGGUCUCAGGGCCCCAGAUGGACUUACAUGGAGCUGGGCACCGCUCCUUCUCAAUAGGGUCCACUGCUUCCUUGCCUCCAGGCCUUGGAGGAGAGGGAGUGGGGACCCCUGAGGCCUCCAGCACCAGCUCCAUCAUUCUUGUUCCUGGGGAACCCCCACUUUGACCUGUUGUUUGUUAUUAAAGUUCACAUUUUGAAUGCCC